AUGUCUUUCUUUGUUAGUCACUAUUUUGCUUUCAUUCUCUCACUUUUGUUCUCUUUACUUAGUUUUUCUUUUUUUUUUUACUCUCUCUUUCUCUCAUUUGGUAGUUGGUUUUCUGUUUUAUUUGUUUCUUUCUUUCUCUAUCUCAUUUCUCACUUUUCUGCCUUUUGUUUCUCUUUAAGUGUCUCAUUUGUUUCUCUCUUUCUCUUUUGCUUGUUUCUGUAUCUCUUGUUUCUCUUUUUCUGUCUCAUGUUUGUUUCUCUCUCUUUCUCAUUCCUCUUUUCUCUCGUUCCUCUUUUUUUCUCUCUCUCGUUCCUCUUUUUUUCUCUCUCUCGUUCCUCUUUUUUUUUCUCUCUCUCGUUCCUCUUUUUUUUCUCUCUCUCGUUCCUCUUUUCUCUCACUCUCGUUCCUCUUUUCUCUCACUCUCGUUCCUCUUUUCUCUCACUCUCUCGUUCCUCUUUUCUCUCACUCUCUCGUUCCUCUUUUCUCUCUCUCUCUCUCGUUCUUCUUUCUCUCUCUCUCGUUCCUCUUUUCUCUCGCUCCUCUUUUCUCUCUCUCUCUCGUUCCUCUUUUCUCUCUCUCUCUUGUUCCUCUUUUCUCUCUCUCUCUCAGUCCUCUUUUCUCUCUCUCUCUCGUUCCUCUUUUCUCUCUCUCUCUCUCGUUCCUCUUUUCUCUCUCUCUCCUUCUCUCUCGUUCCUCUUUUCUCUCGCUCUCUCUCGUUCCUCUUUUCUCUCAUUCCUCUUUUCUCUCUCUCGUUCCUCUUUUCUCUCGCUCUCUCUCGUUCCUCUUUUCUCUCGCUCUCUCUCGUUCCUCUUUUCUCUCUCUCUCUCGUUCUUCUUUUCUCUCUCUCUCUCUCUCUUGUUCCUCUUUUCUCUCUGA